AACCGGCUUAAAACUUUUUUUACGACCGGCUCUCUACGACAAGAACCAUCGCCGUCCCCAUUUCUCUCUCUCUCGCGCGCGGAUCAUCAUCUUGGGGUUGUUGUUGGCUUUCCUUAUCGAUCUGGGUUUCUUUAAUCAGCAGAACCUAACAUACCCACCAAUGCAACGACUCGUUGACACCGUCCUCGCUGUCACCAAAGAGUCUGUGAAAACAGUCACGUAUGAGUCUUUGAACAACAUUGUGAGGCUGAUAAAUGGAAUUUCAGCACUUCUGUUAGCCAUUUUACCUGGGAAGACUUCUAUUCUCGAGGGUAUUCAUGGCUGGGAGCUUAGGCCAACAUUUCGCGGUCCGCGGUUUCCACGAUGGAUGGAAAAUGGUGUGUCAUCUUUCAAUCAGUUCAUCCAUGAACUUUCUGUGGAUUCUGAUACAUCAUCAAGUGUAGAUUACUCAUCUGGCGAGGAAGAUAGUGAUGGGAACAUAGUUCCUGCAUCUCCAUUAUCACAAAGUUCCAGGGUCUCCAGGGCAAGUAGUUUCAACAAGAUUGGCAGGCGCUGGACGUGUUGGAUCAGAUGCAUAUUUUCAUGGAUUCUGUUUCCUGUGAAAUUUCUGUUGGGGAUACCAUUAUAUUUCUAUCCCGCCUCUUGUUAUAGGGGGUCAACAGUGCCUGCUAACAUAGAAAGGCAGCCAUCUCGUUUACGCACUACCAAUAAAGCACACGCCCUAAAGGACCAUUUCAUGCAACGCACAACUGACAGGAGACGUGGAGUAAUAGAGGAUCUCCAUCUAGCGAUUGAAAUUUCUAUAGAAGCAAUAUUUGAUAUUGUUCACAAGGCAGCGCAUUGUGUUCUUUCACCAUCAGAAACACUUAAAGCACUAUUGGGGUGGUUUUCUUUUCGUACCAGUGGUAGUAAAGACACUGCUGCUGGUGAUUUGGAUCCCAGUGCCACUGUCUCCACGGCUACUCUUGGAGAGGAUGAUCCGACCCCUACAGAAAGGGAAACCACUUUUCACCAAUCCCUGAAUACAGAUGCUCGAACCUGUCAGGAUGUCAUAACAGAGCUUGGGUAUCCAUAUGAAGCUAUUCGUGUAGUGACAGCGGAUGGAUAUGUACUUACAUUGGAAAGAAUUCCAAGACGUGAUUCAAGGAAAGUUGUUUAUCUGCAACAUGGAAUAUUGGAUUCAUCUAUGGGUUGGGUAUCUAAUGGAGUCGUUGGUUCUCCAGCUUUUGCAGCUUUUGAUCAAGGUUAUGAUGUUUUUCUUGGGAACUUCCGUGGUUUGGUUUCCAGGGAGCAUGUUGAAAAGAACAUUUCCUCGAGACAGUAUUGGCGUUACUCCAUCAACGAGCAUGGGACUGAGGAUAUUCCUGCAAUGCUUGAGAAAAUCCAUGAAGUAAAAAUUUCUGAAUUGAAGUCCAACCAACCUGUUCCGGACGAAGAAAUCACUGGUGACCAGCCUUACAAACUUUGUGCAAUUUGCCACAGCUUGGGUGGAGCUGGUAUUUUGAUGUAUGUCAUUACACGCCGGAUCGAAGAAAAGCCCCAUAGACUCUCAAGAUUGAUCCUAUUAUCACCCGCUGGCUUUCAUGCUGAUUCCAACUUUGUAUUUACAAUCGUGGAGUACCUAUUCCUUCUGGUGGCUCCUAUGCUAGCCCCCAUCGUGCCUGCUUUCUAUAUACCAACACGAUUUUUUCGUAUGCUGCUCAACAAGUUGGCUCGGGACUUCCAUAACUACCCGGCUGUUGGAGGACUUGUUCAAACCUUAAUGAGUUACGUCGUCGGUGGAGACAGCUCAAACUGGAUUGGAGUGAUAGGAUUACCCCACUACAACAUGAAUGACAUGCCAGGUGUUUCAUUUCUCGUGGCUCUACACCUGGCACAGAUGAAGCGGGCAGGUAAAUUUAUGAUGUUCGAUUACGGGAGUGGAGCGGCUAACAUGGAAGUGUAUGGUUCUCCUGAGCCAUUCAAUUUGGGGGAAUACUAUGGACUCAUCGACAUUCCCGUUGAUCUUGUUGCUGGUCGCAAGGACAAGGUGAUCCGACCCUCAAUGGUGAGAAAACACUAUAAGUUGAUGAGGGAUUCGAGCGUGGAGGUAUCAUACAACGAGUUUGAGUACGCCCAUUUGGAUUUCACUUUUUCUCAUCGCGAAGAACUUUUAGCCUACGUGAUGUCCCGUUUAAGACUAGUGGAGCCCACACAAAAGCAACAGUUCGUCCAAAAGGGUGUACGGUUCAAGAAGAAAGAUACACAGGCAACGGGUAGUGAUUGAUUGGUAAUGCAGCAAAAGCCUUGAUCACUUUGUUUUUCUGAUGCAUCAGGGAUUAGCAUGCUGCUUUUUAUUUUUUAUUUUUUGUGUUGUAGAUUACAAAACAGAUCAAUACCGGUGGUCUGUCACUUCCAUUGUAAUUAUGCAUAGAGAUGAACUAUACACAUACCUUAGUCGAAGUGAAUUGUUUGAUGAGUGUGUCCGGGUAGGGUUCCAUGACGGGAAGUUGUUGUAUAUUUGCUAGGAAAGGGUUUAUCUGGUUUUUGAUCAAUUUGUUAUCUGUAACUUUGUACUGUAUGGGUUGAAUGAAAUAGUUCGCAAAAAAUAGUUAUGGCAAUGCUUAUUGUCCAAAGUAACAGUUCAUAUCUGUAAUGAGAUAUCGGUUUUUGAACUC